UACAUUUUCAUUUUCAUAUAUAUUUAACAAAAGCAGAAGAUAAUAAUGAUAAAAUUUUGAGAUGUGCCACUACUUUUUUAGUUCUAUAUUUGCUUUGAUUGGCCAAAAGAUGACCCAUAAUAUGGCUUUUAGUACAAGAAAAUAGUGCCCCUCAAGUUCUACAUCUAUUAACACUCUGGCGAUACCUCAUUGCAUGUGAAAACAUCAUUAUCUAUCACCAUGGAUUUGGAAAGCUGAACAUGGGAAAUGAAAUGGGUAACAACAGCACAUCAAGUUUGAAAGAAGAAGAUACCAUUGACGCCAAUGUUGAUGAUCCAAAAGGGUUGUCAAACAAUACUGCUGGUGUUGAUGAUGUUAAAGGGGAAAAUGAUGUAGUGCAUGCUGCUCAAGAUAAUGAUUUUCAUGACAAAGCAAAUGGUUUUGCUUCUCAUGAUCCAGAAAGAGUUGAUGAUGUUAAGCAGCCACCGAGCAGAAAAGAGCAAGAAGAAAGUGAGGUUUCUGUUCUUGCUGAUUUUCCGAAAGUCGCAGGGGGAUUAGACGAUACAAGUGAUAAAAGCAGUGAAAAUCAACAUCUCUCUUUGUAUAAUGAUGCAGAAAAUGAGAGUCUGAUAGAGCUAAACAUGAAUGGCAUUGCUCUGGGAAGUAAUGAAAAUAAGCUUCAAAAGCAGGCUUCUGUCAGAAAAGAGCACGAGGGAAUGGAAAACUUAGCUUUUGAUCCAAUAUCCAUAUUAUCAUAUGAUCCAGAACCUCCAAAACCUGAAGAUUCAGAUUGCGAACAGCAUGAAUUGGCCUCAAUUCUGGCUGAUCAAUCUGUCCCAGGUGAUAGUGGGACUGAGGAAGUUCUAGGCUCAAGUUUAAAGUCUACUAUGGAGAAUGAUCACCUGUCAGAGGCUGAGGAAUCAGACAAUACAGAAGCAUCUGUUCCAGGAGAAAGUGGACCAUCUGAAGGGACUGAGGAAGUUCUAAAAUCAAGUUCUGGUAUGGAGAAUGGUCACUUGUCAGAGGCUGAGGAAUCGGAAAACACAGAAGCAUUUGUACCAGGAGAAAGUGAACCAUCUGGAGACAGUGAUGAAGUCCUAGAAUAUAGUUUAAAAUCUAGUGCGGAGAAUGGUCACUUAUCAGAGACCAAGGAUUCGAAUAAUCUACAAGCAUCUGUUCUAAGUGACAGUGAAUUAUCUGGGGAGACUGAGGAAGUUCUAACAUCGUCUAGUAAGGAGAAUGGUGGUCACUUGUCAGAAUCUGAGGAAUUUGAGAGUCUAGAAGAAAGUGUCGAUACUGAAUCAGAUAAUGUCAUUGUGAAGAAAAAAGAUGAUUUACUUGUCUGUGAUGGUGAGUUUGAACCUAAAGAUGGAGAUCAAGUAGAUGUUGGAUUAAGUAUUGUACCAGCACAAGAAACUGUUCUGAGUGGUCCCAGUGACAGAAGUGAUGAAGGGUUUUCAACAGAAGUGAGUUUAGUAGGAGAUAAUUUCUCAGAAUCAGAACCAGAACCAGAAACCAUCUCAAUGACUAACUCACCAAACCUUCAUCAGGUAGCUCCUGAAACUGAAGACAAAUGCAUGAUUGUUACAGAGAAAACCAAAUUAAGAGAAAAAGAGCUGGAGAAUGGAGAAUACAAAUACAAGCCUGACUACAAUUCAACUGAAUCUGAAACUAAAGUCAUUAAUCAUGUCAAUGAAUCCAAGAGCAAUAAAGAUUGUCCAAGUGAGGAAGCAAAGGUUGUUGAGAAUGAUCAGCCAGUGGUUGAUCAGGAAAGUUUCAAGGAAGCCGAAGGUGAUAUUGUGAUUGUUACUGAGCAUGAAAUCAUUCCAUCAGACUCGAAUGAUGACAAGGAUGAAGAGUCAACAGAGAAGAGAAUCGUUGAAGAAAGAGAGGACACUACAGAACCAUUACAUGUCACUGAGAUCAAAACAGAAGAAAUGCUAAUUCGAGUUGAUCAAAUAGAAGCAGUACUGGCCCCUCAAACUUUGUUAUCUUCUGCCCAAUCUGAUCAAAACGACAACCAGUCUAUCCAAGAACUGAACAAAAAUAGCUGUGGUGAGUUCCUUAUUACUGAAGUUUCAACUUUUGAUUCUACAAACUUAAUAGCAGAGAUAAGAGUCUCCAUGAAUGAGUUAGCAGUUGAUAGAACAAAGCAAUGUAUUGAAAGGCCAGAAGUGAAAGCAGCAGAAGCCAAGAUUUCAAGAAGUGAGAUAACCCGAGACAGUGUUGAAAGGCUAAGUACAGGAAGCAUGGAAAGAUUCAGCACUGAUUCAGAUCCUGACCACUCCAAUCUUCACUCUCAGAUGAGAAAAUCUCCAAGCUUCAAUAUUGAUCUUCAGAAUGAAGAAUCAGAAUCUGAUCAAACCCCAUUGUUGUAUCAUGACAAGGCUCCAAUCCAAAACUUACCAAGCCAAGGUAAUGUUAGUCUCGGUGACCCUGUGAGGCUCAAUGGACAUGAUCAAGUCAUGGCACAGUACCAUCCAAUGUCAUUGCCAAUGGAAGAGAAAGUUGUUAAGUUGGAAAGGAGUGAUUCCGAAAAGUCAAAAUCUCCAUUCCUGGGAUUCCUGAAAGAAGAAGAAGAAGCUCAUACAGUUGUUACAUCACAGCAGCAUAGCUUUGAAGGCUCUGCUAAUCAGACAGUAACAAAGGAUUUGUGGAAGUCAUCCUCCAAAGAAGCUACUUCAUCAACUUCACCAAAAGCUAAAGUGAAGCGCAGGGUCAAGUCCUCUCUCUUUGGAAAUUGUAUGUGUUGUGCUACUGUCAUUAACUAAAUGCCUUUUGAAUUUUAUUUUUAUUUUUAAUGUUUAUGAUAUGAUUAUAUUGGGGUUUAUAAAGUCUUCAAAAAGAAAAGAAAAAAAAUGGAGUUUUGAUGAGAGAUAGAGUGAGUAUGACUCCAAAACUAUGACUUCUCUUUGUUUGGGUUAUUUUUUUUCUUGUUCUCUUUAAAUUUUCUGUUUUUCAUUUGUUUAUUUAAUUGAGAGAGGAUUUGUAAGGGUUCGGAGGAAAUUUGUACUUAUUAUUUAUAGGUAGCUUUGCUAUCUUUGAUUGUAAUAUUUCUUCAUUUUAUUAUUCAUAUAGUAUAAAUGAUAUUUGAGAAAGGAGAUUCUAUCCAAAUAAGCAUAAUUUAUCAUUUAAUUUCAUUCUUAUCUAAACUUACAGAGAUUGUUGGUGUAUCAGCUUUUUGAAUUUGGAAUAAUGUAUAUAUUUUUUUCAAACAUUGGUACAUUAGAAGUUAUUGUUUGUUAUAUUAUAGU